AUUGAACUUCCCUUUAGUUAUUGGUUUGAAAACUGAGCUUUUUGGCUUGUGAAGCAACGAUUCCUCACUUUGUGUUGCACAUUUCCUGAAACUUCUGAUCAGAAAGCACUUCGACAGUGUAUAUACAUACUGUCGUUUCUCGCGAAGACUGAAUGUGGAUCUCAUCACUGGAAACUAUGAAGUUACUGGCUUUGCUGCUCCUCACUUUUAUAUCAGGUUCAUCAGGACGAAUCGAAUCAAAAGUGCUAAUGGCUAAGCUGGGAGAAAACAUCAUUAUAAAGUGUCAAUACCCGAAACUAACCAGGAAAUCAAGGAAUUGUUUGUGUAAACAAACCAAAGAUAAUUACUGCAAUUAUCUUGUAUGUACUGAUGGAGAUUUCAACACAGUAUAUGAUGAGAGAGCUUCAAUGACUGGGAGCAAUGAUGGUCCAAUUUCUGCUGCCGUGAAGACACUUGAAGAGAAAGACACUGGGAUAUACUGGUGUGGAAAAGAUAAUGGUAAAACUAUAGAAAUUUCAGAGGUUGUGCUGCUGAAAGUGUUCAAAGGUACAGAGAAACCAAUGAAAAGACUGGUCGCUGCUGAACUGGGAGAGCGAAUCUCUGUGACGUGCCAAUACAGCAAGAAACUGAGCGAUUAUAGCAAGUUCUUUUGUAAAGUAAUCUCCAAUAACGAGUGUACUCGUAUAGCAGAUUCUAAUGGGGCUGUGAAUGAACCGUAUAAAAGAAGAGUUUCCAUUACUCAUAAAGGGAAAAGUCAGGUCAUUUCCAUUAUCUCAGCAAAGGAGGAAGAUGCUGGGGAGUACUGGUGUGGAGCAGCAAGUGGGAAUAAAGUAGAGUUCACACAGGUUAAGAUACUACAGAUCUCUCAUGGAUCAACCGCCUCAUCGUUCAUUGACACAACGUUCACCACAGCUAUCACCAGACCUAUCAACAGUUUUGCAGGAAGGUAAGAUUUAAUUAUCAGUGCAUCAAUCGAUCUAUAUAACUCUGUCUGAAGGCACACCUAAGACAGGUUACUAUUAAUGAGACAAUGUGGGCAAUCACAAUUGGAGCAAGCAUUUGGCAAACGGUUGAA